AUGUUCAGGAGAGUUCUCGCCACCGCCCCGGCGCAGGCCAGCAAGGCCAUCACCACCGCCGCAACAGGCGCUCGCCCUCAAUUCGUCCGCAGCGUCGCACCCGCCACACAACAAGUCGCCGCACGACGGUCGUAUCACGAAAAGGUGCUCGACCACUACAACAACCCGCGCAAUGUCGGCUCGAUGAAGAAAGACGCAGAGGAUGUGGGCACGGGAUUGGUCGGUGCGCCCGCUUGUGGCGACGUGAUGAAGCUUCAGAUCAAGGUCGACCCCGCCAACGACACCAUCACCGACGUCAAGUUCAAGACGUUUGGAUGCGGCAGUGCGAUUGCGAGCAGUUCGUAUUUGACGGAGCUUGUACGGGGCAUGACGCUGGAGCAGGCGGGGAGGAUUAGGAACACGGAGAUUGCGAAGGAGCUUUGCUUGCCUCCUGUUAAGCUCCACUGUAGCAUGCUUGCGGAAGAUGCGAUCAAGUCCGCCAUCAGCAACUACUACACCAAGAACCCCAAGGCGCGAGCAACUGACCUCGGCGGCACCGGCGCUGCCAUGCCCAAGAUUGAAAUCGAGAAGUUACCCGCCGACGCACCUGCCCAGGCAACCACAUCGGCGUAG